AAUAUAUAUAUAUAUUAAUAUAUCUAAAGGGUGAAGAUGGUGAAACUGGGGAGUAAUCUUCAAGACAAAGGCGCCAAACCUGUGAGCGUGGAGGAUGGCUUUCAAAAUGUGCCCCUCAUCACCCCGCUGGAUGUUGGCAGCCUCCAGAGCCAAGCGCCUGACAAGGUGGUGGUGAAAACCCGCACAGAGUACCAGACGGAGAAGAAGCGGCUGAAGGUUCCCAAGGUGGAGGAGUUCACCAUCAGCUUCACCGACGGCGUCUCCGAGAGACUGAAGGUAAGAGAGACUGCGAUGGAAACAAUAAGACUCUUCCAACGCGCCCGUCAUCAGGAUAACUACACAAACACCCCGUGA